AUGUGCGCUGACCUCUCAAAGCAGGUGUUGAGGCUCAAAGGAGCUAACGGGUGGGACCUGCACUUCGAGCUGGGCUGGGUUGGCCUUGAUCAUGUGACCCACAGGCCUGUGUCUCCACCCUAUGCAGGGAUCUGUCUAGCUUAUUACACAAGUGGCUUCGAUACAGAACUUGUGGACCAUGAACCUGAUGGAAGUACCAACAACGGCAUCUUCCAGAUCAGCAGCCGGACAUGGUGCAGAAAUAUCGACAGAAGAGGCCCGAAUCGGUGCCACGUGUACUGCACCGACUUAUUGGAUUCCAAUCUCAAGGACAGUGUUGUCUGUGCCAUGAAGAUAAGUCAAGAGACCCAGGGUCUGAGCAGCUGGGAGGCCUGGAGGCACCACUGCCAGGGCCAGGACCUCAGCGACUGGGUGGAUGGCUGUGACUUCUAGGUCCUGUCUGGAUGGACCAGGCCAGGCCCUGCAG